AUGAUUCCAAGUCGUCUGGAUGACGUUCCUGCUCAACCAAGGGGUCCGGCGCCUGGUGUUGCGGAUCAUCUUCGCUCGUCGUCUUCGACGGAUGAAUCGAUCGAGCUUUCGCUACGCUUCUGUGACGCCCAGGCUAAUCUCGUCAAACUGGUUCCAAGUGCUUCGGAUCGACCUUGGAUGGCUCUGCCGGGUUAUCUCUGCGUUUAUGAGAAGCAUAUCACCGAUUGUGGGCUGACCUUCCCGAUUCCCGCCUUCCUCUUGCAGUACGCUUCGCGGCGACCGAUGGCUUUUGCGCAACUAUCCCCUGCUGCAAUUCGAAAUGCCUACGGUCUGAUCCGUCUAGCGGAGAGGUGCGGCGUCGAGCCUCGUUGUUCCCUGUACGAGGAGUUGACGACGAAGAAGAAUUUUGGGAAAUCCAAGCCAGGCCUGGUGUAUACCCAGUCUUCGCUGACCCCAAAGUUGGUUGUCGGUGCGAAGAACAAGACCAACGAUUGGCUUCGUUGGUACUUCUUUGUUAAAGUUAACAACGAGUCCUCCGGGGACGUAGUGGUUACGAAUUACCAUGGGUGGACUGUUUCAACCGUUCGUUGUCCCAAGAUCUUCGAUCCGUACCCCGAGAAGCUUCACGACGACGUUCAAAAGAUUCUAGCUUUGUAUCCGUAUACUUGGUCAGGUGAAGAAGAUCCGGUCCGCCGUCCUUCAUUGAAAUCGAAAGGAACGAGCCGCAAGAAGGUUCCUUUGAAGUCAAAGAGAAUCUCAAAGACUCCAGGUAAGCUAAACGUUGAAGCGGUGGGCAACUAUUCGUCGCGGUACAAGAAGAAAUCGUUGGUGACGCCGACGAAGAAGAUGACUCGGGAGAAGGAAGAGGCCACGGCUUUGGCCAAGCGUUUGUCUCUCGAGGAGUAUGAGACGAAGGAAGUAGAGGGACGAGCUGAAGCUCGUCAAAGGAAGGAGUCCGGAGAUGAUCGUCGUGACCGACGUAGUCGUGACUCUAAGGAGAAUAGGGAAAGAGAGGUGGCCGACGCGAGGUCAGCUAAUCUGCCUGUUACCGAGACUUCUCGGGAUAUACCUUCAGGUGGCAGGGAGGUCGUCCUGUACGACGAUUCUCAGGCUGAGCCUACCCGGAAAUGGGCUGCGGAUGAGUCCGAAACGACGUGCUCGGACCCGGCCAAGAAGCAGAGGACGGCCUGGGCCCCGGACUACCGCUGGCAGUAUGAUUAUGGCGGGCGCGAUGUCCAUAUUUCGACCGACUCUACGUCCUAUAUGUACGAGAGGACGGCGUUUACUGACGCCGCGAAGAAGACCGUUGCGGCCGUUACCGCGAUUGACUGGAUGGCGUACAUGUACGAGCGUCGCCUUCGCGUUAUUGCUGAACAGAACACGGCUUCGAAGGAGUACCAGAGAGCCUUGGCGGCCGAGACGAAAAGGGCCGAUCAGGCAUCGAAGGGCCUGGAGAGUGCUAUCUCCGAGGUGCAGCUUCUUCGCGAGGAGGUCGCCAGAUUGAAGGAAGAACGAGAUAAUGCUCUCUUAGAACGAGAGCGCUGUCUCAAAGAGUUGUCAAAGUCCCGAGUCGACUUCAAGCAUUAUGCUGAGCAGUCGCAGGCCGAGGAAGCAAGGCUUCGGGAGCGGCGUACCGAAUAUGCUCGCAUCCACAUAACCAAGGCUCUCAAGGAGGCUGCUGACCAGUUCCAGCAACGUCUUGACGGGAUCCAGAGGCACUUCACCACUAGGGACGCGGCGCAUCCCAAAUUUCUUGAUUACAAUCAAGCUACCGGGAGCGUGAAUCUGCUGAAGACGCUGGCUGAGUCUGGGGAGAUCGUCCUAAACUUCAAGGACGUAAUCGAGAGACUCGAGCCCGAUGUGGAGGAUCUUAAGAAUGAGGUGAACGCGUUCGAAUUUGCCGACCUUGAAGAAGGUUGGGCUGAUGUUCGGACUUUCUUCAAGGAUCAUCUUGUCGUCGAAGAAUUUACUCCCUCCGUUAUUAAUGCUGAUAAAGGGAUUGCUGUUGAUGCGGACGCCGUAGAUCAAGUCAUUGCGGAUCCGGUUGCUGGCGACGGAAGUGUCCAGGUCGAAGAUCUUCCUCAAGAUGAGGCCGCGUCUUGA